AUGAAAAUAUAUGAAGUUCAAUCUAAAGGCAAUCAUACAGGUGGUUUAUGCUACCAUGUCUCUGGGGUAAUUGGAUCAAAGUUUUAUGUCCUUCUUGGCCAAAGACCCAUUAAUAGCACUAAAAUUAAUUCAGUAUAUAUAUUCGAUAUGGUCAAUAAGGUUUGGACCGAAAUUGAAAAACCUUCGGGUAAAGCUCCAACUCUUCGUGCCUUGACUGCUUCUUGUAUCGUUGGAUCAAGGAUUUAUGUAUUUGGAGGUUAUUCUCAAGCAACGCCUCAAUCUAAUCAUACAGUAUAUAAUGGAAUGUAUUAUUUCGAUACUGAAACUCUUUCAUGGACUCACAUUGAAACUAACGGAUUGUGUCCAGAUCCUAGAGCUGGUGGUCAAAUGUGGCAUUAUAAGGGUAAUAUUUAUUUGUAUGGUGGAUGUCAAGGAAAGCAAGUUUAUUUCUCUGGGCUCUAUGCAUAUAAUAUUGCAAGCAAUCAAUGGAUGGUUGUAGAAACGAAAGGAAAUGUAGAUAUGAGAAAAUAUGUAACAUUAGUAGAUAAGACAAAUCAAAAUGAAACACAUAAUCAAGUUCCAAACAGAUUGUGUUGUUUCACCUGUAAUGUAGUUCAAAAUUUGGUGUAUAUAUUCGGUGGUUUGACAGCGGACGAAGAAAAUGAAAGACAAAGUGCCACCAAUGCUCUUUAUGUUCUUGAUAUGGACACUAUGGAAUGGUCUAGGCCAUUACUCUCAAAGGAUAAUACUGUAGUGCCAUCUGCAAGAGCUUCACAUUGUACAACACUUGCCAAGGAUUCUGCAAUCAUCUUGGCUGGAGGGUCGAACAUUUUGCGUAAUAAUGACUUUGAUUCCCAUAUUUAUAUGUAUCAAAUUUUAGAAAGAAAAUGGUAUAGAAUUACUGAUCUAUUCUUUGGAAGUCACCUACCAAAACUUGUAGGAAUGAGUGCUGUUUAUUGUGAAGAAACAGGAGAAGUUUUCUUUUUGGGAGGAAAGGAUUCUGAUGAUACCUUAAAAUUCCAUUUCUAUUCUGUCAAUGUAAAGUCGAUUAAGGAACUCAAGACAUAUGAUGUUAGUCCAGAAGAAAUCAAGAUGGUUCAUAGAAAGUCGAUAAGAGAUAUUGCCGAUUUUAAGAAGAUGGAAAUUGUCAGUGACACCUCUAGAAAUACAAGAGAUAAGAGAAGUGUUUCGGCAGCUGAAGCAUUAUAUUCUCCUCUAAAACAUUCAGAGCUGAUAGAUGAGGAUGACUACGAUGAAUCCUCUCUGGAUGAAGUAAUCAAGAAGAAGAAUAGAAGAAGGACCAUUGAUUCCUUAUCUAAAUUUUUCAAUUUAAAUAGAUAAAUUUUAUCUUUUCCUUAC